GCGAGAUGAAGAAGAAGAAGCACCGUUCUUGAGCUUGAGUGGUCGGUUCGAGCUACCCGUCUGCAAGGUGCGAGCAGGAGGCCUGGCGAGCUGGUGUUCGGAUCGCAACAGUCCAGUUGGAGUCACUACUGGUCCAGCCUACACGUGUACACGUGCGACGGUACCACGUCUGAUUAGACAAGCUUGAGGAGAGUGCGUGCCAGUUGAAUCCUGCUCGUGCAUGUUGAUACCUUCUACCGGAAAGAAAUGCUUCUGUUGCCUGGAAUUCUGGUUCUGCUCGCCACAUGUGCUCAAAGCAAGAGAGACGUCGGCCAGCUGCCGCUAGGAAUUAAGGGACACGGAAUCAUGGACCUACACAAAGGAGACGUCGCCCUUGUAUUCUACGUGACGGUGAGCAACCUAGGGCACGAUCCACUCUCCCUGUCACUCGUGAGCCGCUCGUGUUGCCAGCAAGUGGCACCCGGCGACGUCGACUGUGACUCCAUGUUGCUGAUUGGAGGCGACAUGGGAGACAUUUAUCCUGGAGACAGCCGGAACCUCACGGCCUACUACGCAAAUAUGUACCUCGUGGACCGGGUCGGCUACUGCGAGUUCGAGAUUGCAGUGCCGGAUGGCGAGAAGCUGAUCCACACGGUUUCCUUCAACACAACGGUGCCCAGGGCAGGAUCCAACGCGCCCGCCUUUCUCCGUGACUUCUUCAGUCCGUCCGAGCUGAAGACAUGCCGCAGCCCCGACUUGGACCCGACACGGUCGUGUCAACCCGUGCUGUGCGACAUCAAGUACAACGGGGUGCGUAACUUCUUCAACGAGACGAGCCAGCGUUGCGAGCCCACGGCCAACUGCUGGGACAACGCGGAGGAGGAGAUGGUGUAUCUGGCUGGCAGCAACACCUGCCGACGUGUGGGCGAGGUUCUGUCGGACGAAGAGUUGGAGUUCUUCGAGAGCUUCCAGGAAAAGAAGUCGCCGCUUCGAUACAUGCACGGCUACCCCAUUAAGGUGAACUGCCACGAGGGACGCCCGGAUCCCGCGAACCAGUGGUGCCUGUGCGACCCGGGGUGGGAGAGCGAGCCGCUGGACUACGGCAGCUUCAACCCGGACCUGAUGGUGUACCACAUGUGCACCGUCUACGUCGGCGUGACCACGGCCGCCGCCAACUCCUCCUCGCCGACCCACCGUCACCGACACCACAAGAAGAAUUUCCUCGCCAACAUCCCCAAGAAGCGCCGCCGAGGAGAGCUGGAGCGCAGAACGAGGCUGAUGGCGCCAUCGAAAUCUCGAGGCCGGGCAUUGGGGGACCGUGGGAGAGCCGAUGCGUCUGCCGAAGAAUACGUUGCUUCUGAGCCCUCUGCAGCCGAUGGAGAUGGCGCUUCGUGGUUCAGCUCGUACGUCAGCGACACCCACAUGAAGAACAUAGUGCUACCCGUGCUUAUUGCGGCGGUGGCGCUGUUGUCGUGCCUCGUGAUCGUCAUGUGCAUCUUCGUCGCCGUCGAGUGCCAGAAGUUCAACGUGGUCUCAAGGGGUGGCGAUGUGGGCUUGCCGGAACAUUCCGACUGAAAGGAGUUAUGUGCAAGGAAUCACGAGGACGAAAGAAGGUGCAUGGUGGACACACAGGCGUUCGUUCGUUCGCUCAAGCACCUGUGUCGACCGCGCCUUCUUUUGACCUGGCUCUUUUAUGUUUUUAUUUUUUUUUUUGCACUUAGCUCCUGCCUUUAGAGCUCUGAAACAUCACGCUACCGCGAGGAUCUCCUUGUUUUUUAUUUAAUUUUAUUGUCGUGGUAUGACGAAAAAAUAACGCCGUAGAAAAUAUAUAUAUGCUCUUUCAGCGCCAAAUACACGUUUAAAGAUACUUUAAGCAGUUAAACAAGUUAUAAUCAACACAAAAGAAGCAUCUUACGCGCAUCAAAAACACCAUACAAUAUAACUAAGGGGACCCAAAUAAAUAUAAUCAAUCUCGUUAAUCAAGAGAAAAA